GCCGUCGAGGUUGACAACUUUGAGCGCGCGCGCCAACGCGAAAUAGCAGCAUAUCUCGCGGCUGCCUCCUUCCCCCUAGACCUCGACUACUCGGGCCCUCGCGAGAAGGUCUACCUCAACGAAGAUGCCACACUGAACGCUCUCGUCCAACUGGGCGCUCUGCGUCUCGGCUGCGACCGUUCCUUUCUCUCCCUCAUCGACCGCCAGUACCAGUGGGUACUCUCGGAGAUGACACGAUCACAGUCUCUCGUCCAAGUCCGCUCGGCUCCCGAAGACCCCGUCUGGCUCGGCGUCUCCAGGUUGGAUGCCUGUUGGGGCGUCUGUCCCACAACAAUGAAGGCCUUCAUGGACGAAACAGGCGCGUGGGUUCAGACAGGGCCGAAUGUCAUCUGCAACAGGAGUCGCUACAUUGUGAACGACUUCCGAACCGAGCCCGGCUACCAGGAUAGGCCAUACGUAACGGCCUUUCCGUGGUUCGUGUCGUAUCUAGAAGUCCCCCUGGUUUCCUCCCUCGGAUAUCUCCUCGGAAGCUACUGCGUCGUCGACAACAAGCUCAACGACUACGAUAGCGACGAAACUGUGGGCAUCAUGAACGAGAUCGCAGACGCCAUUAUGGCCCAUCUGGAUCUUAUGAGGCUGAAGAAGAACCGCCAGCGCUCCGAACAGCUCGUCGAAGGCUUGAGCCAGUUCAUCAAGCACGACCAGUCCGAGCCGAAUUACGCUCCAGGCGAUACCCCCCACCACGAAACCACCGAGCAGCCCGCCGACGAGCGUGUGUCAAUCGAUCCAGACCGACGGGGUAGAUCCGUCGACUCGUCUGAGAACCCAUUGGAUCCCGAAGACUCGCGCCCGCAAACACUACAGCUGCCCUCGUCGUCUUCCAUCCAGUCCUCCAUCUCGCCCUUCACCCCUUCUAAUCUGAGAUCUCUCGAGACACCUCCGACAACGCUCCAAGACGACACGGAUGUAGACCCGAUGGAACUGCAUGUCGUCGCAGAAGAAGUACAUCAACCCGACUCUCCGUUGUUGUUGUCGUCUGAUACCCCGGAGCUGCAUUCCAACGGCUUCAUCAGUUCUGCAAAUAUAAAAUCCACCUUCUUCCGAGCCGCGGCCACCAUACGAGCAGCCAUGGACAUGGACGGCCUGAUGUUUGUUGAUGCUGUUCCAAGCGCAUACAACGACGCGCCCGAUCAGCUGGUCCCCGAUCAGCUGGUCCCCGAUCUCCCUGGAGAGGUCCCGCAGGACGAGACUGCAGGGCCAUUCUGCGCAGCCAUCGUCCAGUCUACCUCCGAUCACUCAGGCGUCAAGUCCCCGGAGACCCCGCACACUCGCCUUCCGGAGGCCGUUCUGCAAAGGUUUAUUUGGAAAUUUCCUCGAGGCCAUGUCUUCUCCGCCGACGAGUUCGGCCCGAUUGACGACGGGAGCUACGGAAUCGGAAAACCAUUCCCCGUUGGUUCCAGGGCCGACAAAGACAGCCGGAGUUACAAAAGAGACGUAGCCACACUCUUUGGCGUUGCGCCGGGUGCGAGAUACAUCAUCUUCCUCCCCCUCUGGCACUUCCAGCGAGAGUGCUGGUACGCUGCCGCUCUCGGCUGGGUCGCCAACCCUACCAGGGCGCUAGACAUGGGCGACAUCAGCUUGGUGUCGGCCUUUGGAAAUACCAUCAUGGCUCAGGUGUCGCGCCUGGAGGCCCUGGCAUCGAGUCGUGCCAAGUCGACUUUCGUCUCGUCCAUCAGUCACGAAUUGCGAAGCCCGCUGCAUGGGAUCCUUGCGAGCAGUGAACUGCUCCGCGAGAACAUUACCGACCCCUCGCUACUAUGGAAACUCGACAUGCUCGACUCUUGCGGCACGACCUUGCUCGAUACUUUGAACAACUUGCUCGACCACGCCAUUGUAGUCAACGACGGCAAGCCCGGGAAACCCCUAGCCAACUUGCAAAUCUCGGAUCUGGGAAGACUUGUCGAGGACGUUAUCGAAGCCGUCAAUUUCAGCCAUCUAUCCGAGAAUGCGUUCCAGUUAUCCAUGCAUCGCCAUGGCGUCUAUUCAACCGAGUCCUCGGGGGUUGGGAUAGACCCGCCCCCUCGCCAGCUUCUCGUGGCGAUAAACAUUGAGACGAACGCCGCCUGGAAGCUCGUCCUCGACAUUGGUGCCUGGAAACGCAUCAUCAUGAACCUCUUUGGCAAUGCCUUGAAGUACACGUGCUCUGGCUACAUUCACGUGUGUCUCAAAGUGAUGCAGAAGGUGGACAGCGCCGGCAAGGCGCAUGAUCAUAUCGCCUUUUCCGUCGAAGACUCGGGAAUGGGGAUGACCUCGGAUUUCCUCAAAUAUCAAGUCUUUACUCCCUUUACACAGGAGAACGCACACUCACCCGGAGUGGGACUAGGCCUCAGCAUCGUUCGACAGCUAGUCCGCGGCCUCGGCGGCACCAUUGACGUUAAAAGCUCUGUGGGCAUAGGGACCUCGGUCGAGGUCUCGGUUCCCCUACACCGCGACACGCCCGACCCGGUCCCUGGCGCUCAAAUCUUGGAUGAGCAAGAGCGGCAAUCAUACGAUGACCAUCGUGACUGGCUCCAUGGGCGGACUGCGUGUCUCAUAACCCCAGACGUAUAUGCAACCAUGACCAAGGCCGACCUUGAAAUCACCAACGAGAUGCGAAGUCGAAUGGGAACGGUAGAACGAGCUCUCAGGGUCACUGCUGGCGGCGCUCUUGGGAUGAAAGUCAUUGUCGGAACGUCUGACAAUUCACUCCCCGACGCCGAUGUGUAUUUCCUCGAUGACAACGCCUGUGGUGAAAUACGAGCCAAGCUCCUUGCGCCCACCCCGCCUUUACAGGAUGCGCCUGUAGUCCUGCUCUGCUCUGGAGCCCGAUCACGCUCCUGCUUGAAGCAGCAACUACCGAGCAAUGGCAUCCAUCUGCAUGACCCCAUAGGGCCAAGAAAGCUUGCCGCCGCUCUAUACUCGGCUUUGAAGCCCGAGGGCCUCCAGAAUUCCGGCCAUGAAAACCACCGGUCCGUCUACCAGGGAGUGGCAUCGACCGUCCCCGAGUCGCGCGACUCUCCCUUGCCACCUUUAAAUCUGCCGGUGCGUCUGAGAGACGGCCCACAGGUCCCCCAGCCUCAAGCCCAAACCGAUGAACGCCAGUCUCCUGGUCGCCCGCAAGUGUCCAGCGUAUCGUCGGCCGCUCCAGCUGUGGCGGCAGCGCUGAGCACCCGGGAGCAAAAGCCGCGCCAUCUACUUCUAGUGGAUGAUAAUCCCAUCAAUAUCAAGCUGCUCAUGACGCUUGUGCGCAAACUGAAACACACCUUUAUGACGGCGUGCAACGGACUGGAAGCCGUCCAAAUGUACCAGAAGUCCCUAGAAGAGGGUUCUCGGUUUGACAUGGUCUUUAUGGACAUAUCCAUGCCAGUCAUGGACGGCUUCGAAGCGACGCGGCAGCUCCGGCAGCUCGAGAAGAAGGCGGGCGUGACCGGGGGCUGCAAGAUCGUAGCGCUGACAGGCCUCAGCAGCGACUUGAGCCGCAAUGAAGCCCUUGCCAGUGGUGCGAACCUCUUCCUAACCAAGCCGGUGAAGCUAGACAAGGUCAAACAGUUGCUU